AUGUCUAAAUCUCCAUUGUUCUCACUUUCAAAUUUACCAUCAUCUUUUUUAAACUUCCUUAAAUUAAGCGAAAUAGACCCUGCAGUAUAUACAAUUCAAAAUUUGCCAAGAUAUAUUCGAAUAAAUUCAUAUCAAUAUAAUGAUGAAAAUUCACAAUUACAAAUUUGUAAAGAAUUAGAAGAACAAAUUGGAACCAAAAUAUGGCCUGUAAAAGGAAUCGAUGGGUUUUUUGGAUUAGAUGGGAAUUGUAGGAUUGUUGAUUGUAAAGCAUAUAAAGAAGGAAAAAUAUUUGGUAUAGAUCUAAGUUCAGGGAUCGCUGUUUACGCACUUGAUAUUCGUCCAAAUGAUCAUAUUCUAGAUUUAUGUUGUGCUCCAGGUGCAAAGUUAUGCAUGAUAUCUGAUAUCUUGGGCACAAAGGGGAGUGGUACAAUCACGGGUGUAGAUAUUUCACGUGAUCGUGCAUCAACGUGUCGAAGUUUAUUAAAAAAAUACAAAAUAAGUCGAGCUAGAUUGUUUGUCGCAGAUGGUACAACUUUUAAUGUAACCGCGCCAACCUUCUUUGAACAUAUUAUGCAAAUGAUUAGUAAAGAAGGGCAACGGAAGUUAGGAGAGUACUAUACAUCAACAUCAGAAGAAAUGGCAAAAGUAAGGAAUCAAGAAAAACUUGAUAAUGAACAAAAUGAUAAAAGUCAAUUAGUUAAACCAUUUUGGGCACCAAAAAUACUGAGAAAUGAUCCACAAAUAAGUACAUUAAGUCAAUUGUAUGAUAAGGUAAUUGUAGAUGCAGAAUGUACUCAUGAUGGAUCCAUCGUGCAUAUUCUUAAAUACAAUAAAUACGGAUGGGAUAAAUUUGAGAAGAGUUUUCUAAAUUCUGAUCGAAUAAAUAAUCUCUGGGAUCUUCAACGAAAUCUUUUAAAAAAUGGAUGGACAUUGUUAAAGCCUGGUGGAAUUCUUGUAUAUAGCACAUGCAGUCUUUCCCAUAAACAAAAUGAAGAUGUUAUCGGAUGGUUUCUUUCUCAUUAUCCUAAUUCCAAGUUAGAACCGAUCCCAAACAUAAAUAACAUGACGGUAGCACCUUUAAAAAAGAGUAGAUACAUUGAUAUUGACAUAUCAAAUGCUGUUAGAUUUGAUCCGAUUUAUUCUAACACUUCAGGUUUCUUUGUAGCUAGAAUUAGAAAAAAAUUACCGCAUGAUAAUUAA